UCUGCACAUCUCUUGUAGAAGCCUGUGUGUGACAGUGUGUACCACCAUGAAGACCUGCGUGCUGUUAUCACUGCUGCUGGCGUUGGGUUGUUUGACCAUCAAUGGUGCACCAGUGGAGCAUGUUGGCAUGGAGCCAGCCUCAUGUGAAAACGCAUCAACAAAAGCAGCUGCUGAGCUGGCUCUUACCAAAAUCAACCAGGACAGGAAGGAGGGCUACAUCUUCAGUCUGCACCGCCUGUCCAACGCCCACAUAAAGAGACAUGGAGAGAACAGCGUGGUCUUCUACCUGACUCUGGAUGUCGUGGAGACCAAAUGCAGCGUUCUCAGCAAGAACGACUGGAAGAGCUGUGAAACUCGUCCCACUGCAAACAUGCCGGUAUAUGGACAGUGCAAAGCUGCUAUCUUCAUCAACAAGGUGCACAGUGCGGAGCGUCUCUACAAAUACAACUGUGUUAUCAGACCAGUUCCUGCAGCUAGAGUACAUGAGAUGUGUCCUGACUGUCCAACUUUAAUUCACCACGACAAUAACAACGUUCAGAAGACUGUGUCCCACUCUCUGGAAAAGUUCAACAAGGAAAGCGGACUCGCCAAUUGUUUUGCUCUCCUCAAAAUCUGCCGUGCUGCAGCAGGGAUGGCCAUGAGUAUGUAUUACAAUGUGGAAUUCAGCAUCCAGGAGACCAUCUGCCCUAACAGCGCAGAAGCAACAGCUGAGAAGUGCCCCCUCAUGAACUGCGAGUUCGCCCACAAGGGCUUCUGUAAGGCAUCCCUCUACCACUCCCCCACUAAUGAUGAAAUCAUCGACAUAGAGUGUGAGAUCUAUGAGCCUGAGGCUGCUGAGAAAGAGAAGAAGCUCCACCUCCUGGGCGGAGAGACUGACCACAGCCACAAUGACACAUACUCACACAGCCACGAACAAGACCAAACACACGACCACGUACACGAUCACACCAAGAGCCACUCUCAUCAUGACGAAACCCACAAGCAUGCUGACAACCAUGAUCACCACCACACACAUGACCAUGCCACAGGCAGCACACACAGGCACGCUCAUGACCACUCCCACGACCACAGUCACAGUCACGAUCACGUGCACGCUCAUCACGACAAGGCACACAACCACAGCAGUGACUUUCCUAACCACCACCACGACUACAAGCACGCUGAAGGUGUGCACACCCAUGAACAUGACCACGAGCUGGCGCUGGACCACGAUCACAACCACAGUCACCUGCAUGAACACGAGCACCACCACCAUCACCACGAGCACGAACAUGAGAACACACCCCACGACCACCCAGAAGGCAUGGUGACAAUGCUGCCAGCUCUGGGCCAGCCUGUGACCCUGCCUUCCUUCCCUGAUGUCCCUGCUGGUGGCCCUGAGCUCGGAGUCACUCUCCCACUUAAACCCGACCCCCAGAUUCCUGGAGAAAUGGAACCUGCCAUCGAGCCCUUCCCAACCUCAGUCUCAGACCAGUGUCCUGUCCCAAAGGCAGGGCGUGACCUGGUGGAGAAACUCUUUGCUGAGGACGCUUUUUUUAUGCUUGCUGUAUGACAUGGCCUAUGGAACUGUUUUAGAGGUACACAAUGACUCAAGUGUAACAAAGAAUGGAAAACUAUAUGAUAAAUGAUACAUUUGCAAUAAAAAACAUUCACAGUCAUUGUAACACAUCA